GGGAAAGCUCGAACAAAAGCGGGGAAAGAACAAGCCGCUGCCAAGAAAAGUGUUGCGGACGAGAAGAUCAAGGAGGCGAAGAAGGCGAACCCGCGACAGAAAGCGUCUGCCGCGAAGAAGAGUGGCAAAGCCGUGAAGCCCGCUAGCGCAUUCAAAGUUGUGACCAAUACCGCCGCCGACGACGAUCAACCCUCCGCCGAUGAUGGUCCAGCUACACCUCGCCCAACCACUCAAGAUGUACAGCCCCCGGCUUGGACAACUUUGACACAGGGUGGGGACGAGCUUACUGUUGAACCAGAGUCACUGCUCGAUGAGCUGGGGUCAAGCAGUCCCGCCCGCAGCGCAUCUGGGACAGGCCUCCUUCCGGCGAAGAAAUUAUUUUCAGUUGAGAUCGUGCGUAGCAAGACGAGCUCGCAACCCGCUGCUCAGGUCGCGGAUGAUCAGAAUGCGUCUCAGUCUUCUCAUGAUGCAGCAUCGGAUGUGCAUCCCGCAAGCCAGGAAUCGAGGGAUGCCGCUGAAGGUGACGCGCUCUUCCUACCGGACAAUAGCCAGUAUCAAACGCAGCAAAAUACGCAGAAUCCCAUUUCUGCGAAAGGCAUGAUGCCAACCUCAUUUCCAUCCAUUGGCUCUGACCCGGACGAUGGCGCUUUUACCGUCACGAAGCGUCCGGCUGCGCGCUCAGGUCCAUGGAAUGCGAAAACACAGUUCCGCCGCUUGUCAAAUGUGACGAGUCAGCAGCUUUUCCGUCCCUUGGACAGCAGCAGAGCGUCGUUGACGCUGGCCGUUGCCAACAAGAGUAGCAUUACUGACCAGAUCGAGGAUGAUGGCGACGAUGAGGACGACGACGACUCGGAUAAUUCGGGGUCAGAUUCGGACAAGGUAACAAAGUCUCAUGUUCCGCAGGACAGGAGAGCAGGCACGGGCAUUCAGAAAAAGAAGAAAUCCGGACUUACAUCUUUCACUAUGUAA